UGACCCAUCUCUCUCUCUCUCUCUUAAAGCCUCUGGUCAAAUGGGAAAUAGUGUAAGAAGCAACCUAAUAAGAGACCUCAGAGGAAGACGAUCGAUGGAUCCUCGGAUAUGGCACAAAGUAGCUGCAGUUUCCGGUAUGGCUGCUCUUGGGUUAGGAACUUACGGUGCUCAUUUCUUUAAACCAGAGAACCCUUCUUACAAACAGGUGUGGCAAACGGCUUCUCUUUACCAUUUGGUUCACACUGCUGCUCUUGUUUCUGCUCCUAGCACCAAAUAUCCCAACAUUUUUGGUGGCUUGUUGACUGCUGGGAUUGUAGCCUUUUCCGGGACGUGUUAUAUGGUAGCGCUGCGUGAGGACAGAAAGUUUUCAACCUUGGCACCAUUCGGAGGCUUUGCCUUCAUCGCUGCUUGGGGAACCCUACUUUUCUAAACAAUCUCAAAACCAUCAUCUAUAUUGUCAAGUUGUGGUCAAGCUUAUUCCACAUAUGAACUCACUGUUUAAUUUCCCUAAGAGAUUGCUUAAUAGUUAAUACAAUUCCGUGUCGUCGGUGUCGACAACCAUAAAACUUAUUCCUUUACUUGUUCACUUUGUUGCUAAAGGGAUUAUAUGUAAUUUUAUUACCAUACAAUUUAUAAAAAUUCAACAUUAGAAAA